AUGGAUGAUCGGCCCGACCAUCACCCACUGCUCACCCCGUCCCUCUCCCCCAUCGCCUCCUCCUCCUCCUCCCUCCCCGCGCCUCCCCGGGCACGGGGUACGCGCGGCGCGGGGUCUUCGCGCGGCGCGGCGCGGGACUCCGAGCUGUCAGCGGGGCCUCGCCUCCCUCGAGAGAGUCUGUAUCAGCGGACAGCCUUGGUCUUUGAUGAAAAAUACAACAAGCCUGGAUACGGUGCUUACGAUGCCUUCAAGCUCGCCGUUUCAGACCCCAGUGUGCUCGAUGGGCUGGAUUUGACGGAGGAAGAGAAGGGAUUCCUGCUGGAGAACAUCCACAGGCGGCUGACGCCACAGGCCGUCAAAAUCCGUGCAGAUAUUGAGGUGGCCUGCUAUGGCUAUGAAGGGAUUGAUGCUGUUAAAGAGGCAUGUUUCACAGAGAAGAUGCCGAUCAAGAUUAACCUGAUAGCACCUCCACGCUACGUGAUGACAACCACAACCCUGGAGAGGACAGAAGGCCUUCCCCUUCUCAAUCAGGCGAUGGCAACCAUCAAGAUCGAGAAAAAACGUGGUGUCUUCAAGGUUCAGAUGGCGCCGAAGGUGGUGACCGACAUUGAUGAAACGGAGCUCGCCCGGCAGCUGGAGAAUGCGAAAGUGGACGGUGACGACGACGCAGAGGAGAUGGAAGCGGAGGAUUGAUGCGCUUUGGUUAAUUCAACAGCAUUUGACUUUUGUUCAUGGUAUUGUAAUUUCACUGAACAAAAUCUUCUAAGUUAAAAAGGUUGUGUACCUGGAAGAACCCCCUCCAAGUAAAAAUGGAAAACUUUUGAACCUAAAAUUAAACAAAAUUUAAAUGACAAACUAAUAACAAUAGCAAAUACUGUGGCGAGUAAUAAUGCUGUCCUUUACCAAAGGCAACGGGUGCCUAAGUGUAUUCAUAUAAAUGCCAACAAACUAUAAUACUCAGUAUAUAAUACUCCGACUAGCCGAUUCUGAGUAUUAUACACUUCCAGUGUAUUAAGCUCAAGCAGCGCAAUGCCUGUGUGGUUUGAAUGAUGGUGAGCAGUUGCUUAAUAACAAUAUCUCUUUAUAACCUUAAGUCAACAUUUUGGCCAUUACCUACAUAUAGUUUACAUUCCAAAUCAGUGCUACCGACCACAUUUGAAAAAUUGUGAGGUCUCAACAUGAAGGAUGUGGCUGUAUUUGGUUUUAGUAAAUUGUUGAA